AUGACGCCUGAUCGGGAACAUGCAGAUGCGAAGUUUGCUCCUUAUUGCUCGAUUGAUGCUGCAAUGUCAAUGGAUGUCGACGACAUCGAUCCACUCAAGGUUUCCGGUGAAGGAUUGAUGGCUCUAGACAUCAACAAGCUCACCGAUGUCGAUUUCUUCAACUUUUUCUCUGAUGAUUUCGACGAUGUCGAUAUCAAUUAA